ACAGGUUUUCCGGUUAUUGGAUUUCGUUAAUCGCGACACUUGCCGCAUGACAUAACCUUUUUUUUUCCGCCACAAUUAUCACAUUUUAUCGGUAAAAAACCAUGAAUUCGGCCCGAAUCACGCUCCGUGUGCCCCUCACAGCAUGGCGCAGCCUCUCCCGCUGUUCGGUCUUACACACCGCCGAACCACAGGCAGCCCCCGUCGAAAAAAUCACAAUCCCGCCCCCCAGCAACGUCGAGAAGCCCAUCAGCCCCAAAAUCGAGAAACUGGUAACGGAAAUUUCGCAGUUAAAUUUACUGGAAGUGUCCGAAUUGAGUGGCGCUUUGAAGACACGUCUGAACCUCCCGGACGCCCCAGUCAUGCCGGUUGGGGGCUUCGCGGCUCCGGCCCCCGCCGAGGAGGAGGACGAGGCCCCCAAACAGGUCAAGUCCGUGUUCAACGUGAAAUUAAUGAAAUUCGACGAGAAGCAAAAAGUCGCGCUUAUUAAGGAGAUCAAGGGGCUGAUGGAAGGCAUGAAUUUGGUGCAAGCGAAGAAGUUCGUCGAGGGGGCGCCGGCGCUGGUCAAGGGGGACGUCAGUAAAGAGGAGGCCGAGAAGUUGAAGGCGGCUAUCGAAAAAGUAGGCGGUGUUGUAGAAAUUGAUUAGGUUUUUUUUUAAAUAAAGUUUAGUUAAGAUAAA